AGGGGGAGGGGGUGGGACGGCGGCCGCCGCCAUGAUGCUUGUUUGCUUUCAAUGAAAACGAGGGGGGCGCAGAGGAGGAGGAGGCGGCGGCGUCGGUGGCGGCGGCGUCGGCUGCGCGAAGGCGAAGGCAGCAGUGGGUGCAGCGAGGAGGGCGAGGCCGGAGGCCGAGAGGCCGGGAGGCCGUAGUGGCGGCCCAUCGAGGCGGCUGAAGCGGGCGGCUGACGCGGUGGAUCUCGGAGGGAGAACAAAGAGCGGCGGCUGAGGCGGCAGAGGAGCGGCGACGGCGGCGCUGCAGCAGCGGGCGGGACUGGUAUGGUGGUUCCACAGGUCAGACCCCGCUGCACUCACAGGGAGGAGGCGGCGGCAGCGGCGGAGGAAGGCGGCGCACCCCAAGAGGCAUGCCCAAAGAAAAAUAUGAGCCCCCUGACCCUCGGAGGAUGUACACAAUUAUGUCCUCUGAGGAAGCAGCAAAUGGAAAGAAAUCACAUUGGGUGGAGCUUGAAAUAAGUGUCUGCCAAGUGGAGAGUUUAUAACUUAAUCAUAGCAGUGAAUUGUUCUAGAAUCGGAAAAGUAAGAAGCUUAAGCUCAUCUUUGUGGUCACUAACUCACUUGACAGCUUUGUAUCUAAGUGACAAUUCCCUGUCCCGCAUUCCUUCAGACAUUGCCAAGCUUCACAAUCUGGUGUAUCUGGACCUGUCCUCUAAUAAAAUCCGGAGUUUACCGGCAGAACUCGGAAACAUGGUAUCACUCAGGGAACUCCAUUUAAAUAACAACCUGUUACGAGUUCUACCUUUUGAGCUGGGAAAACUGUUUCAGUUGCAGACUUUAGGCCUGAAAGGAAAUCCACUUACCCAGGAUAUAUUGAACCUCUAUCUGGAACCAGAUGGAACAAGAAGGCUACUGAACUAUUUGCUUGAUAAUUUGGCAGGUACUGCAAAAAGAAUUUCAACAGAACAACCACCUCCAAGAUCUUGGAUUAUGUUACAAGAACCAGACAGAACACGGCCAACUGCCUUGUUUUCUGUCAUGUGCUAUAAUGUUCUUUGUGAUAAAUAUGCGACCCGGCAGUUAUAUGGCUACUGUCCAUCAUGGGCACUAAAUUGGGACUACAGGAAAAAGGCCAUUAUUCAAGAAAUCUUGAGUUGCAAUGCUGAUGUCAUAAGUCUUCAGGAGGUUGAAACAGAACAGUAUUACAGUUUUUUUCUGGUAGAACUGAAAGAACGUGGCUAUAAUGGAUUCUUUAGUCCUAAAUCUAGAGCUAGGACAAUGUCAGAACAAGAAAGAAAACAUGUUGAUGGCUGUGCAAUAUUCUUUAAGACAGAAAAAUUUACUUUGGUUCAGAAACACACUGUUGAAUUUAAUCAGCUAGCAAUGGCAAAUUCAGAAGGGUCUGAAGCUAUGCUGAACAGAGUCAUGACAAAAGAUAACAUUGGAGUUGCUGUACUGCUAGAACUUCGAAAGGAAUUGAUUGAAAUGUCAUCUGGAAAGCCACCUCUUGGAACAGAAAAACAACUUAUUCUCGUGGCUAAUGCUCAUAUGCACUGGGACCCUGAAUACUCUGAUGUGAAGUUGGUUCAAACAAUGAUGUUCCUCUCAGAAGUGAAGAACAUCAUUGAUAAAGCCUCGAGAAGCCUCCAGUCCAGUGCAUUGGGAGAAUUUGGAACUAUUCCACUGGUGUUGUGUGCAGAUCUUAAUUCUUUGCCGGACUCUGGUGUUGUGGAAUAUUUGAGCACUGGUGGAGUAGAAACAAAUCAUAAAGACUUUAAGGAACUGAGAUAUAAUGAAAGUCUUACAAAAUUCAGUUGUAAUGGGAAAAAUGGGACAACCAAUGGAAGGAUCACUCAUGGUUUCAAGUUGAAGAGUGCCUAUGAGAGUGGCCUGAUGCCUUACACAAAUUACACGUUUGAUUUUAAGGGUAUAAUUGACUACAUCUUCUAUUCUAAACCUCAGCUGAACACUUUAGGCAUCCUGGGACCUCUGGACCACCAUUGGCUAGUUGAGAACAAUAUCAGCGGCUGCCCACACCCACUCAUCCCCUCUGACCACUUCUCACUUUUUGCACAACUGGAGCUCUUACUGCCUUUCCUGCCCCAAGUUAACGGCAUUCACCUUCCUGGCAGGAGGUAGUCAAGUACCUUCAGAGGAUGACCUCAGUUUCACUCAUAAACUCGUAAAAAAUCUGAAUAUAGGGGAGUGAGGUAUGGCCACUAGGGAUUUUUUUUUUUCUUAAUGAUAAUUUGAGUUUUCAAUCUGAUUAUUUGAUAAGGAUAUAGUAUGAAAGCCAGGUGCUAGCAAACAGACAAAUUCUGAGCCCGAUAUGCUUUAUAUACUGUUAGACAGGGACUGGUGUGUUUGCACCUAUCUUUAAUUUGUUACAAGUAAUUUUCCUGUUUCUUCUAUCCAAUAUAAUAUUUUCAUGCCUUGAAAUAGGAAAAUGUUUGAACAGCAUAUUCUCUUUGCACAGAAAUCUGUAGCACUACUUUUUUGAGGCCAGUAAUAACAUCCAGAGAUCAUUCUUCCAUACUUUACUCCCUCCUUUUUCAGACUUGUUUGUAAAAUAUAGAAUUUAAAUUUAGCCUUUAUGAUUGUAUAUGAUCCAUAGAAGACCUGAUUUAUGAAAUUUUGUACUAAAAAAAUCAGAUUUGGAAAUGAUUGUAUUGUAAUCUAAGGCUAAGUUUUUUUUACCUGUUUCAUGUGUUAUAAAGGCCAGCUUGUAAAAGAAGUUGCAACAGACCUUCUCUGCUGAUGAUUUGCACUGUUAGGGUUUUGUUAGCCCUUUUGUACUACUUUGUUUUUAAAUUGAGAACAUUGCUCUUUAAAUCUAAAUCUGUUUAAAGUUUAGGACAUUUUCUUGGACCAGAGGCAACUUACCCAUGAAUUCCUGGGUUUUUACAAAAAACUAUCUACCAGGACAGAUAAGCUGAGCAGUGAAUGAUCUGUAGGCAUUAUGGACUGAAUGUAAUGGUUGAUAUAUGUACAUUCUGAUAUUUUUAAAUCCUCAGCUUUUUUAAGUUACAGAAUUACAGCUGCUUAGGGACAGCUUCUUAACUCCUUUUUGAGACAUUUCCUGUCCUAUCUCCACUGUGCCUGCCUGAAUUUGUUCUCACCAAGCACUGCCUGUGCAUGCAGAGAAAAUCUGUGCAUCCUCUUUUAUAUUUUUAAAUACUGUUUAACAUUUGUCAGAGUUUUAUGAAAAUGCUUUUGUAUGGGCUGUGGCUUUUUUUCCAUUGUGAAGCAUUGAAUAUCACGUUUUGGAACAUGUUCAUAGGGUGGGUCCCUGGGUCUUUACUCACCAGACCCAAGCACUGCUUCUUGGUGUCAUUGCACAGUGCUGUUCAUCACCCAGAGUACUACUAUCAUGUGAAUUCUUUUUGUUUUCCAUGUAUUCCUUAGUUUCCAUGUUUUUUAGAAAUCAUUCCUUUAAAAAAAAAGUAAUUUUCCGUUUAUGAAGCAGUAUAAAAUAAAUGAGAUGUACUUUCAAAACAGGUCCCUAAGACAAUACUUCAGAUCAUUUUAAAAGUGACUAAGUCAUUUUAACAUGUCAACCAAGAUAAAAGUUAUAUUAUACCUUGUAUUUUGCCCAUAGUGCUGUUAGUAGAGAUUAAAGCCAGCUUUAACUUCGCAAAGUUAACUCCUAUAUGUUCUGUUCUCAUUCAUUCAUUCUCUCCAAAAAAUCAAAUGAAUUCACAGGGAACUUGGUCUAACUGCUUUUGUUUCAACUGCAGGCAGGGGAGCAAAAGGACACCAUGUAUGUGAGCAUUAAGAAAAGAAAUUGUUGAAUGUUAAUAACAGUUUUUAUACAGAGUGAGUCAUUUUGGAUAAUGACUUAAAAUUUUAUGAAAAAUGUUUAGCACUUAAAUGUGCUUAUUCUGUUUUUAAGAGAAAAUAAAAUCACAUACUGUUUAAGUAAAUGAUUCUUUUUUUUUUUUCUUUUUCUUUUUCUUUAAAAAAAAGAAAAAAUUCUCCAAAAGGUUUUGAUCUUGAAUCUUUGUCUGGGACCUGGUUUUUCCU